AUGGAUUUUGGUCGAAGAUGGAGGAGUUGGGUGAUGGAGUGUAUCAGCACGUGCUCUAUGUCAAUGUUGAUAAAUGGUUCGCCGUCCAAGCCAUUCAAGAUGGAAAGGGGUCUGAGACAAGGGGAUCUUCUGUCACCAUUUCUCUUUGUACUUGUUAUUGAUGUCCUACAUAGGAUGAUUAGAGAGGCUGUGAGAAACGGUCGCAUAUCACCGUUGAUAGUUGGGAGAGAUCAUAUUGAGUUGUUGCAUCUACAGUUCGCAGAUGAUACUGUUUUAUUCUGCCCUCCGGAGGAAGACACAAUCAAAAACUACAGGAGGUUGCUUAGAUGCUUUCAGUUGAUGUCAGGUUUAAGCAUUAACUUUGAUCAAUCUAGUUUGAUUCCUGUUAACUAUGAUGAGCAGUGGGUACAACGUAUGUGUGGUGUGUUGGGCUGUAAGCAAGCCAAUCUACUAGUUAAAUAUCUCGGUAUCUUGCUAAGAGCAAACCCAAGGCUGGUGAAGACGUGGAAGCCAGUAAUAGACAAAGUGGAAGAGAAGCUUAGUCUCUGGAAGGCCAAGAUCCACAAUAAGGCUGGUGUUGCAGGUGAAAAUGGCUCCGGAGGAUAUACAUAG